AUGGCGGACGUCGACACAACGACCGUGGACAAUUCCUUCGCUGCCUCUGAAGCCGGAGACGACCAGACAUCACACAACAACACAGCCAGCGCGACCGUCGGCACUCGACGCCAGGCCAAUGGUACCAUCGGAUCUGUAUACUCAGGCAAUAAAAUCAAGCAUCUGAAGAAAGACGAUGGUAUACCACUCUGGCGCAAAGAUAUCCAGUAUCAGUUUCUGAAGCUGGUCUUUGAAGACCAGACUCGAGUAUUUACUCGAUACUCGGACGGAGCUAAGAAUCUCGAUUUUGCCGAUGUGUAUAUCGACUGUAUGGCUAGGAGCAGCAAGACGAGUAAGAUUCUCAAGGAUAAGCUGCAGAGUGAUAAGAAAGCUGCUAUUAGUAUGGCGAUGGUUUGUCUCUUGGUUAAUUUUGGUCGGAUGAAUACUACUCUUAAUUUCUUCCCCGAAAUGCGCGCGCAGCUGAGAACCUACCAUUCCAUUCCAUCUCUCCAAGCCGACCAAGAUCCCAAUGCAUACAAGCAACUACAAGAUGCUCCGCGUCUCAAAUCAAUCUUGAAAGGUGCCUCUGAAGACGUGGAACAACCACCAACAAUAGAGAGAGUCAGAGAGUCGCGUAAACCUCGCACCAACCCGGUCCACCUCAUUUUCCUUCUUGCGCAGUAUGCCCCCAAGAUUUCUGAGAUCCAUUUCUUCCAGCCUCGUGACUUUUUCGAUCUGGUUAUGCGAAGUACGCUUAGCAGUAGAAGCAGAGCACGAGCUUUUCUAUGGCUGAUGUGGUGGUAUCUCGAAAGCGACUUUACUCGAGAAGAUGCUCUGAACAACCCAUUUGGGCCGGGCUUAGACGGUGAAGGCACAGGUGGCCUACCUAUCAAGGUCCCCGCAUUUGAGAUUUUGACUGAGGAGCAAGCGGAAGAAGAGAACAGAGAUACUCCAGAGGAAAUCCGCUUCGGAGAGGAGAAACAACGGGAGCGAAAGCGUAUCUUAGAGGAAGACGAACCUCUUCCUAGGAUCCCAAAGCGUGUGAAGAAGCACGAUUCUGGGCUUGACGAUGAAUUGCUAUCAGCCAAUUCAACUCCUCUACAUCCAUCAGCUCGUCGCAUUGCGCUGAAUGAAGAAGAGGAGGACUGGUCCACACCGGGAUCCUCUGCUCAUCUGAAGAGCAAAAAGCCGAAUUAUGAUUCUUCCGUCAACCGGUCAACCGGUCAACGCCUUGUGCUGAAAACGAGGAUGGAUCCUACUUCUGACGCGGCGUCUCCUGCGCCACCGGGGUCCGGUCAUCCUAUCCUCAAUCAAUACGCUACCGAUUCCAUGACUCCAAACCACAACCAUUCCAGUCGACGGCCACGUCCUCUGACACAACAUCAGUUAGCUGUGGAACAGAACCGUCGCCACCGUAUAGAGUAUUUGUUAGCUCAACGCAAGACUCAGGCCUACAAGGUUCUUAGGGCGCGUCGCGAGAACGAACCCACUUUUAAUGGCUGGAUGCGUCUUUUACCCCAUUUACCAGAGCCUAGAGCUUCCUUGGACGGCGAUGAUAUCCCACCUGAAAUUUCACAGUUGAUGGAUGCUUCUACUGAUUAUGAAGACUUCGGCGAAACGGCACAUUACUACUUAUCUGUAACUCGCAAAGCGAUCAGGAGAUUGGACCGCUGGGAUUGGGAGAAAAUCAAUGGACCCAGCAAAGACCGCAAGAAGGCUAGAGAAGAGCGUCAAAAGGCAUUUCAGAAUGGUACUGCACUUAUGGGUGGUGGAGGUCGAGGUGGUCAAUCAUCGCGCUCGGCACGUUCUCGACCCCGGCCUCCACGACGCAAACCUGCUCCGACCACAUCGACUCCUUCAAGUGCACAGAAGCCUAUCGCUCCCAAGGAUGAAGCUCAAGAUAGCAAGUUCCUGUCUGACGCAGUUGACAAGAGUGGUUCUGCGGUUAUCUCAUCUUCCCGGGAUAAUGAGCCUUUUGACGAUGCUGAGAAGGACGUACUCGGAGAAGGAAGUGGUCAUGAUGAGGACGAUUCAGAGUUGUCGUAUCCUGAAGACGAUGAGCAUGACGAUGACGAUGACUUGGAGGACGUGGAAGGAGAGCAUGAUUAUUCUAUUAUGGAGAGCCGUAAUGACUAUGACACGGACUCGGAGGAUGAAGUCAACGGGGAUGGUGAGCAGGGGGGAGACGAGGACGAGGUUAUGGAGGAUCAGUAAUUCGAUCCACUUUCUUUCUUUCUUUCCUUAUAAUGCUUUAGUUUGAUCGACUAUAUUCCCUGGUACAAUAUGUUCAUGUUGUUCGCGUUAUCGAGGUUGCCUGGUGUAUGACCAUUUUCUUAUUCUGGUGUUCUAUGCUCCUGUUGUACAACACACGGUGAUAAAAGCUGCUUUUCUGAUCUCUUUCUACUAUGUCAUUAUACACACUCUCGGCGAUGUCCGCUAGAUUUUUCCUAUUUCCUUUUUUCCUCAUAUCGAGCCCUUAAGAAGUGUCACAUGUU